AAGAAGGAAUAGUUGACGAAUUUAAAUCACUCCGCUCGCUCGCUCGUCGCCUCGCCCAUCUCGAUGUCCCCGCCUGAGGCCAUCUCUGGGGCGUCCUCGGACGCUUCUUCUACCACCUCCUCCUCGAUGUCUGCUACUUCUAACGCGACCGCGCUGGUCUCUAUUUCACCGCACGCGUCGCGACUCCCCAGGGAGAUGUUCUCCGUGACGUCCCCGCCCUUCCCCAGCUUCGGCGGAUUCUCCACGACGACGACCUUCUUCCCUUGCAGAAGAAUCUCCUCGGUGCCGUCGUUGUCGUGCCUCUUAAUAUCUACGUCCCCGCCAGCCUCCGCGUCGCCCGGUUUCUUCGCCGCGAAAACCUCGGUCUCGUAGAUGCGCGCGAGGGGAAUCGUCACCGGCAUCCCCAUCUCGCCCAUGCGUUGGAUCAAAUUUUGAUGCCGCGGGUUCCCGGCGUCCAGAGUCGCGGGGUUGAUCGGCAGGACGUCGAACUCCGGCUCGUGCGUGUUGAACGGGUUCGGGUCUCGCAACCGGAACGCGUACGCGACGCUCGCGCAAAAUAUCAAGUCCACGAGCUCGAUGAACACGUUGCUCAAGUACGGGUACUGCGGCAGGAACAGCAGGAUGAUCUCCAUCAGAAUCGACACGCUCACGAACGUAAACAUGUUGAGCUGAAACCGGUUGUAGAUUAUGUACUUCAUCUGCUGCAGCGACUGCGCGGGGUUCAUAUCCGCCUGGCGCAUCAUGAGCAGCUGCGCCUUGAGCUCGCGCAUGUUCCGCGUCGUCCCCGCGAGCGUCAUCGCGACGCACGUCAUUGCCGGGUUAAACACCACCCUCUGGAUAUCACCAACAACGCCCCGAACGUCGCCGCUUGGUUCAGCGUGUUCAACACCGCGUGCGCCGCGUAUAAAUCAUCCGACUCGUACCCGCGUCGAGACAUGUAAUCCCACUUCACGAAACACGCCACCAUGAACAGGAUCUUCACGACCGGCACUGACAUGAACAUCUGGUGCAGUUUCGAUAUCUUCGAGUAGUGGUACAGCAUGUUGUACGUCCCGUGGGCCCAGUGCAACACCGACCAGAUCACGGUCAUCGCGAGGUAAAAAUUCGGCAGGACGUCGUAAUCCGUCCCGAGAUACUCGUUCCCGUUCUUCAUUAUGUAGUCCACGUCCACGGUCGCACUCCCGUCCCCGCACAUCAAGAUACCCCAGUGCAGACGCUUUCGCUGCGUCAACGUGAUGAUCGUGUCCACCGUGUUCUUCGGGUCCGUGGACACGUUCCCGACUUGAAAGUUCUCGCACGUGUUUCUCAUCCAGCUGUUCGAGUUUUGCGUCUGCGCGAAGCAAUCUUUCGCGGCCGAGAUGCGUUCAAUCUCGAGCUCUGCGGAGCCACUACAUCCGACGAUCCACGUCUCGUGCUGGGGCUUGCUCGACGACCCGCUCGGGUUCGUCAGCGACUCGUACGCGACCUUGAACUCUGCGGUCCCGCCCUUCUUAAAACCGAACACGGUGAACUGCUCGUACGAUGCUGCCGCGCUGACGGCCAGCGUCUGCGAGACGCUGCCGAUUCGCGCUUCCGCGCCGGUGACGCACCCCAGCGCGAUGACGAGGACGAGGACGAGGAGGGGACCUCGCCCGCAUCUCGAGCGCGAGGUCUCCCUCAUCUCUGAAGCGGCCCCCGCGGC